AUGAGCAUUACCACAAGCAUCACCAUAACCAUGGCCACAACCACGCUCAUCGCCAUGGACACAGACAUGGCCACCUCCACGGUCAUCUUCACAAGGAGCAUCACCACCAUGAUCACCGCCAUAAGAACCACCAUCAUGACCCUCAUCACAAGGACCCUCGUCAUAAGCAUCAUGCUCGUUCUUAUGAUCAUCAUGACCACCACAAGCACCACGAUCCUGGACACUACCAUCAUGACAACCAUGAUGGUCACAAGCAUCACGAUCCCGGUCACCACGGUCACCACGGUCACCACGAUGGUCAUGAUCAUUAUAAGCUCCAUCACUACUAUGAUCCCAACAGCCACCGUGACUUUAAUGCUUUCUUGGACGAUUACUUUAAGCACUUCGGUUAUCACUACCACAACGAUGAUCCUGGUCAUCGCCAUGGUCAUCACGGUCAUCAUCACGGUCACCACGAUGGUCACUACCACCAUGAUCCUCACAAGCACCUCCAUGGCGAGCAUCACGAUGGAAAGCACCACCACAAUGAGCACCAUGAUGGCAAGCAUCACCACAAUGAGCAUCACAGCCAUCAUCAUGUUGAGCACCACAACCAUCACCACGGUCACAACGAGGGACACAAGCACCACCAUGCACCAUCACGGACAUCACCAUGGCCAUAACCACAGCCACGCUCAUGACCAUGUCCACAAGCACCGUCACAAGCACUUUGACGACCAUGUCCACUAUAAGGAGCAUCACGUUUACUACGACUAUAAGGAUGAUGGUCACCACGACGGUCACCACCAUGGUUAUGAUCACCACGAUCCUCACAAGCACCACUAUGGUCACCAUGAUCCUCACAAGCAUCACCACCAUGAUCCUCAUAAGCAUCACUACAGCCAUGAGUACGACUACGGCCACUACAAGCGAUCUGAGCACAAGGAACCCAUUACUAUCUACUACAAGGAAAAGUCCGAUCACUCUCGCACUCACAUUGAUACUUCCAAGAAGGAAAAAGCUUCCAAGAGUGAGCUCGAGGCCGAGAAGCACAAGAAGCUUUUAGAAGAGGCCAACAAGAAGGACGAGUACAAGUACAAGCACAAGGGCGACCCUGAGCACAAGUAUCACUCCGAAGAGGAUAAGUACAAGCAUGAGAAAGAGCACGGGCACAAGUACAAGUACGGACCUAAGUACGAGCAUGAGCAUGAGCAUGAUAAGAGGUCUGCUUCCGAGGAUAGUGGUUACAAGUCCAAGCAGGAGGUCAAAGGGGUCUUGAAGGGACACUUCCAAGAGGCUCUCAACAAGUUCUACCAUGCUUACAUCGCAAAGAAGGAGCACAAGCACUACGAGCACGAGAAGCCUGAGGAGAAGCACGACUCUGGCCACUACAAGCACAAGGAGUACAAGCAUGAGGAACCUGAAGAGAAACACCACUCUGAUCACCACGAGCACGAGGAGCACGAGGAGCACGAGGAGCAUGAGCCUAAGAAAGAGCACGAAGAGCACGAGGAGCACGAGCCUAAGAAAGAGCACGAAGAGCACGAAGAGCACGAGGAGCAUGAGCCUAAGAAAGAGCACAAGGAGCAUGAGCCUAAGAAAGAGCACAAGGAGCACUCCUACAAGCACCCAAAGGAACAUGAGCAUGAGCAUGAGCAUGAGGAUAAGGAGCACGAGCCUAAGGAAGAGCCCAAGAAGCACGAGUCCACCGAGUUCGAAAAGUCCUCUCACUAUUCCGCCAAGAAGGCGAGCUUGGAGAGUGAGAAGGAAAAGGCCAAACACGAGGCUCUGGAGAAGCUUUGGGAUGCCCGCAUCACUCAUGAGCGCAAGUUCAAAGAGAAGCUUUUCUUCAUUGAAGCCGGCCACUGGGGUAAGAAGGGCGCCCACAAGCGCUCUCUUGGGUCCAAGUCUAGCGAGGCUACCGAGGUAGAAGUCAACAGUGCCAAGGUCGAGAAGUACAUUGAGGACGCCGAGGACAAAAUCUUGGACGAAAUCGAGGAGGCCAUCCGAGUGGCUAUCAAGAAAGGCGGCGACAACCCUAGCAGUGGAACUAUCCUCACGUACGUCAGGAAGGUUGAGAAAGCCAUCAAGAUCAUCAUUGCAGAGAACGUCAAGAAGAUCAUCGCCCAUAUUGUCAAGAUUGAAGGCGUUGAAGAGCCUGAUGAGGAAACCAUUAUCAAGUACCUUGCUCCUGCUAUCAGCGAAAUCGUCAAGGCUGCCGACAAGAUCUUCGCCAAGACCCUCGAGGCUCUGGGCGAAGACCCUACAGAUGAGGAGAUCGAACACGCCAUCAAGAAGGUUCUGAAGCUUCUCGAUGAGGUCAUCGACGAGGUACUCCGCAAGGCCCUCAUUCUCAUCUUCGAGUUGGAGGAGGAGACCGCUGAGACAAAGCUUGGUAAGCACGAUAAGCGCUCCGAUCCCUAUGACGACACCACGGUCGAGAAGGCUGUUGAGAAGACCGUUGAGAAAUGGGCUGCUAAGUACGUCGAGGCAGAUGAGAAGAAGCACAAGCCCCUGAAGCGCUCCGUGCGAUUCGCCCGACUCUACAACUGA